UUACAGGCUGAUCAGGAAGUCAAUCCCAAAGCUUACCCCCUAGCUGACCCUGCACUGUCAACAAAGAUAUUCAAUCUCAUCCAGCAAGCAAUGAACUAUAAACAGUUGCGAAAAGGAGCAAAUGAAGCCACCAAAACUCUAAAUAGAGGAUUGUCGGAGUUCAUUGUUAUGGCUGCAGAUGCAGAGCCUUUGGAAAUUUUGCUCCAUUUACCUCUUCUGUGUGAAGACAAGAAUGUUCCAUACGUAUUUGUGAGGUCACGACAAGCUUUGGGACGCGCGUGUGGUGUUUCGAGGCCGGUGGUCGCUUGCUCUGUCACCAUGAAUGAAGGAUCACAACUAAAACCUCAAAUAACAGCGAUACAGGAUGAAAUUGAGAGGCUCUUAGUAUAAGUUAUUCAUUCAACCUUCUAUCUUCGUUUUUUAUAUUACAGUAUAUGUUUUCCACUAGAGUACUUUUUAACAAAUUCAAA